GGGAGUUAGGGGAGCGGCGGACGCCGACCCGCACGCGCCUCCUGGCAGCUGGCGGCGCGCGCGAGGGCGGGGGUGGUACGUGCGUUUGUGCGCGUGAGUGUGUGUGAGUGUGGAGCUCUUGUGCCGAGCUCCGGCAGUCAGUCUCCGGGUGCGAGUUCCCCGUCGUUUUCCACACCCUCUCUCCGUCCACGCUCCUUCUCUACGACCCUCCUGCGCCCCUACAGUCGCACGUCAACCAAGAGCCCAGGGAAGCAGGUGUGGAGGGGCGGGCGGGGUCGACACGAGACAAAAGGGGCGCGGGGGUCAGCCCGCCAUGGCCUCCCGAAGCCUGGGGGGCCUGGGCGGGAGCCGCGGCGGGGGCGGCGGCAGCAAGAAGAGCCUGAGCGCCCGCAACGCCGCGGUGGAGAGGAGGAACCUGAUCACGGUGUGCAGGUUUUCUGUGAAGACCCUGAUUGAUCGGUCCUGCUUUGAGACCAUUGAUGAUUCUUCUCCUGAAUUUAACAAUUUUGCAGCUAUUUUGGAGCAGAUUCUAAGUCACCGGCUAAAAGAGAUUUCCCAAAGUUGCAGAUGGCUGGCUCAUCUCCAAAUACCUCUUCAAGGUCAAGUAACCUGGUUUGGUUAUGAAAGUCCUCGUAGCUUCUGGGACUAUAUCAGAGUGGCUUGCCGGAAAGUUUCACAGAAUUGUAUCUGCAGCAUUGAAAAUAUGGAAAAUGUCAGUUCUUCUAGAGCUAAGGGCAGAGCCUGGAUCAGAGUAGCACUCAUGGAAAAACAUUUAUCUGAAUACAUCUCUACAGCUCUGAGAGACUUCAAAACAACCAGGAGAUUUUAUGAAGAUGGAGCAAUUGUCUUGGGUGAGGAAGCAAAUAUGCUUGCUGGUAUGCUGCUUGGACUCAAUGCUAUUGAUUUCAGCUUCUGUCUAAAGGGAGAAGGAUUGGAUGGCAGCUUUCCUGCUGUAAUAGACUACACACCGUAUUUGAAGUUUACUCAAAGUUCUGAUAGUAUCAGCAGUGAUGAGGAAGAGCUGAGGACUUUGGGAAGCAGUGGUAGUGAAAGCAGCACUCCAGAGAACGUCGGGCCUCCUUUCAUCAUGGAUGAGAAUAGUUGGUUCAACAAGUGUAAGAGAGUUAAACAAAAAUAUCAACUAACCCUGGAACAGAAGGGUUAUCUUGAAGAACUCUUACGACUUCGAGAGAACCAGCUAUCUGAAUCUGUCUCCCAGAAUAAAAUACUGCUACAGAGAAUUGAAGAUUCUGAUCUGGCUCAUAAAUUGGAAAAAGAACAAUUAGAAUAUAUAAUCGUGGAGCUUCAAGAUCAGCUGACUGUGCUAAAGAAUAAUGAUUUAAGAUCAAGACAAGAGUUAACUGCCCACCUCACCAACCAGUGGCCUUCCCCAGGAGCUCUGGAUGUCAAUGCUGUUGCCUUGGAUACGUUGCUUUACCGAAAACACAAUAAACAGUGGUAUGAAAAAAGUUAUCAGAGUCUUGACCAGUUAUCAGCUGAAGUUAGCCUUUCUCAGACUUCACUGGAUCCAGGUCAGUCACAAGAAGGAGAUGGAAAACAAGACACAUUAAAUUUAAUCAGUGGAGGUAAAGAAGAUACUCCCUCAUUGCUUGGUCUUUGUGGGUCUCUAACAUCAGUGGCAAGUUACAAAUCUCUAACAAGCCUAAAAUCUAAUGACUACCUUGCAAGUCCUACAACAGAGGUGACAAGUCCAGGCCUAACUCCAUCCUGAAAAGUUUUAUGUAAAAGCCAAGAGUUUUUAUGUUGCAAAUGUUCUAUUUACAUAAGUUUGACUGCUGGGAAAAUCUUUGGGAUUUUAUAUUGUUCUGGCACAUGUCUAGAAUUCUACUGCUUAUAUUAGAUAAUUCAGUCAACUCCAUGUGAACUUGAGUGAAAAAAAAAAUGAUCCUGCCAUUUUUCAUUUUAAAAUUCUUAUAUUUGUCACUGAGGAAGUUUAAAAAUGAAUAGGCUUUUAAAAAGCUUUCAGACAUUCUCUGACAAUUCAUUGCAAAUUGUACAUAUUUAUUAUUCAGCUGAUUUUCAUGUUUAAAUGUAUCCUAAUUGCCAGAGACUUGAGUUCAAGGUUAUAUUCUAGAGACUCUGGAGCUAAGUAUUUCCUUUGCUCUUUUAUUCAAUGAUUAAAUUUUCUAAAAAUGACUUAUUUCACUUUUCAUGAAUUUCUUCCUAGGUUCUGAUGUUUAUAAAAAGCCUUGACUCUAAUGUGAGGAGAAAGGGUCUCAGCUGCAGCUUCAUGGUGGUUUAUUUAGUUUUUCUUUAACAGUUAUCAUUUGGCAUUAACUUAACAUUCUACUUAACAUUUUAUAAAUUUUGUAGGAUGUGCCUGUAGACAGUUACUAAAUUUGUUAGGGUCACAUGGAACGUAUUUUACAGUGUUUUAGGCCGUUUAGGUAAAAUGAAUGUUUCUUGUCUUUGUUUUCUCAGAUUUUCUUAAAAGGUUAUCAAUUAAAAAUAGAUCACAUUUAUGCUUAAUAAGUUGGAAUCAUUUAAAAAUGUGUAACAGAUGUUGAAAAAUAUUUUAUCUGGAAAGACUUGAAGUUCAUUUAAGGAUUUGAGAAGCUUUUAAAUAAGGAUCAGUAGGCUAAUCACUGUACUUAACAAUCUGUCUGACAUCCAGAGCUGUUUGUUCUCCCAUGGGUGCAACAGUGAAUUGUGUCAUAGAUGCUUUACAGCUUCUCUCAUUAAUCAGGCCAUAAUCUCACUUUAAGGUUGAUGUUAAUGUUAAAAAUUAUUGCACUUCUACUGGUAAAAAAGAUCAUUUUCUUUUUUUAAAAAAAACUAUGAGCUGUCUUUUAAAUUUUUGCAAAUUUUGGAACAACUAUACAUUUUGUCCCUAAAAAUUCCACCAUAUUGAAAGAGAAAAUGUAUGAAGUAUAUUUUCUACAGUAAGUAAUAUAGGGAAAACAUGAUCAGUUGUGCCAAAGACGUUUUAUACAUUGUUUACAUGAAGAGGCUACUACAAUACUUAUUGGGGACUUCAUAUGCUAUUUUUAUUUGUUAAUAAAACAUUACAUUCAAACUUAGUAACUUUGACAUAUAGGAAUAACAUUCCUCCUAAAAUAUUUUAUUGAGAGGCGACAAGAAGCACUUAACUUAUCACAAUCAUUCUUUGUACUAGAAAUGUGGGAGUGUGGUGGUUCUCUGUAAUAUUUAGAUCUUUACUCUUAUGAGUUGGAAUUUAAGGUAAUAAAUAGUAACAAUGUCAUUUCAGGGACAAAGGAGGCCUGGAAGCCCUUAAAUCAUCUUAGUUGUACCAGAACAUAUCCAGCUUUAUUCCUUUAGCUUAAGGCUUUAGUACCUGUAGUAAUGCAAUGUUCUUGAGAAAUGGUACCUUUAUGCUAAUUCUGUGUAUCUUAUUGUGAGUGAGGUAUCUAAAGCAAUCUUUAAUCAGCAUGGGGAAUGGAAGGAAAGUUUAAAUGAGGACAAUGGAAACCUUCGGACAAGGGAAUGAAAAAUGGCUAAGGAAGGGAACUUCAAAAAUUUUAGGCUGGCCUUAAUCACUAUCGCUGCUUUCCUAACUCUUAGAAUGUUUAAAUGCUUUCAUUCAUGGUCCACUCUCAGAUGACAUUUAUAAUCCUUCAGUAAUUAAAUGAAAUCAUUGUUAAAUUUUUUCCAUACAUUUUUAUAAUAUAGAAAGUAAAUACAAGAUUCCGUAACUGAUAAAAAUUUUCAGAUUUGUCUAUUGUACACAGUAACUUGUGCAUCUUAACCAUGCUGCUAGAUGCAGAUUUAAACAUGACAUCUGAGGAUAAUGACUCUUCCUCCUUUCUUGGAGCUCUUGGUAUAAAAUUCAUAUGCUAAUGUGAAUUUAGGUUUCUACACAGCUCAUUUCACACUAGUUAUAGAAGCAGUUUGUUAAUGUUGCAUGAGGUAUGUCUCAAUCUUUAAUUUUAGGUGGUAGUUAGUGUUCACUGUUCACAUAUCCUCCCCUAAGUAGAAUGCUGAAUUAUCUGCUAAUAUUUCCAUGUGUAUUUUGUUGCCUUGAUGUACUAUACUUGUUGCAUGUGUAUUAAACAUUUUGUACCAUG